CCCCUCUGCCGCUCCGGUCGCGGACGGUGGGCGGGGCCACGCCGUGACGCAUCCGUGCGUUUGUGGAAGGCUGCGUUUCCGGCCUGAGAAACCGUCGUGUUCCUGGGGAGUCACCUCAGCUGGCAGUUACCACCGUGUUAGAAAGCAGCCUCAGGACCGGCCACCUCCAUCACUGGCGUCACCAUGGGGGCUGUGCUGGGUGUCUUCUCCCUCGCCAGCUGGGUUCCAUGCCUCUGCAGCGGUGCCUCAUGUUUGCUGUGUAGUUGCUGUCCUAACAGUAAGAAUUCCACAGUGACUCGCCUCAUUUAUGCUUUCAUUCUCCUCCUGAGCACUGUCGUAUCCUAUAUCAUGCAGAGAAAAGAGAUGGAAACUUACUUGAAGAAGAUUCCUGGAUUUUGUGAAGGGGGAUUUAAAAUCCAUGAGGCUGAUAUAAAUGCAGAUAAAGAUUGUGAUGUGCUGGUUGGUUAUAAAGCUGUGUAUCGGAUCAGCUUUGCCAUGGCCAUCUUUUUCUUUGUCUUUUCUCUGCUUAUGUUCAAAGUAAAAACAAGUAAAGAUCUCCGAGCGGCAGUACACAAUGGGUUUUGGUUCUUCAAAAUUGCUGCCCUUAUUGGAAUCAUGGUUGGAUCUUUCUACAUCCCUGGGGGCUAUUUCAGCUCAGUCUGGUUUGUUGUUGGCAUGAUAGGGGCCGCCCUCUUCAUCCUCAUUCAGCUGGUGCUGCUGGUAGAUUUUGCUCAUUCUUGGAAUGAAUCAUGGGUAAAUCGAAUGGAAGAAGGAAACCCAAGGUUGUGGUAUGCUGCUUUACUGUCUUUCACAAGUGCCUUUUAUAUCCUGUCAAUCAUCUGUGUCGGGCUGCUCUAUACAUAUUACACCAAACCAGAUGGCUGCACAGAAAACAAGUUCUUCAUCAGUAUUAACCUGAUCCUUUGCGUUGUGGCUUCUAUUAUAUCGAUCCACCCAAAAAUUCAGGAACACCAGCCUCGCUCCGGCCUCUUGCAGUCCUCCCUCAUCACCCUCUACACUAUGUACCUCACCUGGUCAGCCAUGUCCAAUGAACCUGAUCGUUCCUGCAACCCCAACCUGAUGAGCUUUAUUACACGCAUAACUGCACCAACCCUCGCUCCUGGAAAUUCAACUGCUGUGGUCCCUACCCCUACUCCACUAUCAAAGAGUGGGUCUUUACUGGAUUCAGAUAAUUUUAUUGGACUGUUUGUCUUUGUUCUCUGCCUUUUGUAUUCUAGCAUCCGCACUUCCACUAAUAGCCAAGUAGACAAGCUGACCCUGUCAGGGAGUGACAGCGUCAUCCUUGGUGAUACAACUACCAGUGGUGCCAGUGAUGAAGAAGAUGGACAGCCUCGGCGGGCUGUGGACAACGAGAAAGAGGGAGUGCAGUAUAGCUACUCCUUAUUCCACCUCAUGCUCUGCUUGGCUUCCUUGUACAUCAUGAUGACCCUGACCAGCUGGUACAGCCCUGAUGCAAAGUUUCAGAGCAUGACCAGCAAGUGGCCAGCUGUGUGGGUCAAGAUCAGCUCCAGCUGGGUCUGCCUCCUGCUUUACGUCUGGACCCUUGUGGCUCCACUUGUCCUCACCAGUCGGGACUUCAGCUGAACCUCUGAGUGCCAAGGACACCACUGAAACUCACAAAGGUCUCCUUCACCGAAAACCCAUAUACCUUUUAAGUUUGUUUCAACUAAAAUAUUAAGUGAAUGCUUUGCAAGUUUGACUGUAUCCAGGUUUAUAUCAGAAGGUGAGAUUGAAUAAUGCUUGAUGCAGAAUCGAAACUUCUCAUUUAUCUGUAUAUUAUGUUUACUUCUAAGGAUAUAGCACAAAGGGAACAUUUUUUGUUUAAAGUGAACUACAGCUGUGCUGUGAAGAGAGUUCUUUAUAAAGCCUGUAGGUUCUUUUAACUUUGGUUUAAAAUGUAAGAUAGGAAAAUGUUGGAUAUUUGAGGCCAUGCUUAAUAUAUUUAUAUUGCAGUAUCCUUUAAAAGCAAAAAAAAAAAAAGCAUUUAUAUUACAGUUUUCCUCUAUGAAAGUCCUUACUUAUAUGAUACAAGCACUGUGUUUUGUGCUUAAACUCUUCAGCGGGGUAGCAUCAAAGUUCUUGGGGAAGGAUCGUGUAUGUGGGUCCCUUCCCUAGAAGAAUGGUUGCUGAUAUGGCUACUGCUUCUACAUCUUGAGUUUUUUAAUUUACUUUUGUUACACUGUAGCAUUGAUACUGCUUGAUUCAAGUCUGGUGCUUUGCCAGAUGUAUUAAUUUCCAUAAAUGCUUUGUGAGUUUGGUUAAAAUGAAGAUUCACUUGGGAAAACACUGCAGCUUUAGUCUGUGUUACUAUCUUGUUGUGAGUAUGUAAAAGUAAAAUGCAUGUGAAUUUAUCAUAUUUGCACUAUGAAGGUAUUUGGUUAAAAUACAAAGACUUUUAAGAUUUUAAGGCCCUUUCUUCUAACAGCUUUUAUAGUUAGCAGCCAUUCUUUAUUUUCUGGAUAGCCAGGUUUUAUCAAGCUUCUAGUCAGGAUGCUCUUAUUCCUUCUAAAAAUUACGGUCUGACUAGUGAGCAAAGUCUUGAAUUUAUUCAAAAGUCCUAAAUAUCUUCUCUAGGUAAGACACUUGGUAGAUGAGAGACGGAAGGCAUCGUCAAGAAACAUUUUCAUGAGAGGUGGUGUGCAAAAAGGUAGAAUAAAAGAGUUCUUUCAACGAAGAUUUACUGUCUAUUCUGUACUAGACCCUGUAGGUUUUGGGGUACAGUGUUAAACAUGAUAGAGGCUCUGCCAUCUUGGACUUUAAUAGCUUAGAGAAGAGAGCAAAUGAGCUGACAGGUGGUUAUAAUGUGAAUUAGUGCUGUGGUUUAGGAAUUGGAGAGAACUCAAAGGAGAGGUAUUUGGUGUAAUGGUAGGCUUUCUGGAGAAAAUGAUAUUUAAGCCGAGAACUCUUAGAAGUUAGCUAAGAGAGAGAUGGGAAAAUGAGACGACAUUGCUGGAAUAGAUAAAACUGCAUGUUAAAGGCAGGAAGAUGGGAAAAAAAAGUUCAGUAAAGCUGGAAUGGGGAAAUGUAGUCAGGGACUGAAUUUUAAAGGGCUUUAUCAACCUCAGUAAAGAGUUUGAACCUUAUGUUGAGGGUGGCUGAAAACAUAUUCAUAGUGUCAUGAACAAAUUUUAUCUUCAGUCACUUGGGCUGAUACAUAGAGAAUGGAUUUAGAGAGAUGAGACCAGGUGCAGUCCAUAUGAGAUGUGAAAUAGAGAAGUGGAAUCGUAGGGAUGGGGAGAAAUUGACAGGUGAGGGCUACUUAGCAAUUAGAAUUUUUUUUUUCAAUUUUAAUUUUUUUUUUUGAGACGGAUUCUUGCUCUGUCGCCCAGGCUGGAGUGCAGUGGUGCGAUCUCCGCUCACUGCAGGCUCCGCCUCCCGGGUUCACGCCAUUCUCCCGCCUCAGCCUCCCGAGUAGCUGGGACUACAGGCACCCACCACCACGCCUGGCUAAUUUUUUUUGUAUUUUUAGUAGAGACGGGGUUUCACCAUGUUAGCCAGGAUGGUCUCGAUCUCCUGACCUCGUGAUCCACCCGCCGCGGCCUCCCAAAGUUCUAGGAUUACUGGCAUGAGCCACUGUGCCUAGCCAGCAAUUAGAAUUUUAACACUGGCAGUUAUGAAUAAUAUGAAGGAGAGGUAGAUUUCUGAGUGAUUCUGGUUUAACCAGCUGGGUGGAUGGUGGUUCCGCUUAUUCAGGUGGCAAACAGGAAAAACAUGUUUGAAGAAGAAUGGAGGUAGGUGGUCUCUUAAGAAUGGUUAAGAGGCUUGGGAGUCAGACUGCUUGGGUUUGCAUCCCAGCUUUGCCGUUUUCUGGCUAUCAAACUUGUCAGCUAUUAUUUGUUGAGUACGUACUAUUUGAUUUAUGACCACGGGCAGCUGAGCCUCAGUGUUGGUGCCUAAUGUACAAGAUUGUUAAAGAAUAAACUUAUUUUGCAAAGUGUAACCCAUUUUUAGCACUGACAUAGCACUGACAGUAGCUGCUGAUUUCAUUAUGGGCUAAAAUAAGACAAUAUUCAAAGGUCAGAGAUAUUUAGCCAGAAUCUGAUGGAGGCUGGAUUUCAGAUUUUGUUACAGAAUUAGACAGAGGAACACAGAGGGGACAGGCUCAUUUAGGGUGGAGGUGUGGGGUAGGGAAGCAGGACUUGAUAUAAAUUAUUGGAGUCAUUGUCUUUUAAACCAGUGGUUUAUGUCAGGGUAUAGCGUUUCAAGGGAUUUGAGGGUCAGAUGGGGAAAUGUAGCCCCUUAUUUUGCCAGUGUGAAGCGGAUACCCUGCUUUUCUUUACAGUAGCGGAGUCAGCUUAAGAGCUUUAAAGGUCCUAAACUUCAAAAACAUUACAGUGCCCCAUCCUCCGCCUUAAUGUAAUUCAAAAUACAAACAAUACUAAACUGUAAAAUAAAUGUAACAAAGUCCAAUAAAGUUUUUAUUUUUUUCUCAUGA